AUGUUUCAGGUUGAUCCAACGUUGUAUGGUGAUUCUAAGACUAGACAAUUUAUACGAUUGGAUUCUAUACAUUGUUUCAAUACUCGAUGUCCUGGAUUCGUUCAUGUGAGAUCGGAUAUACCUGUGGACUUAGUCUAUCCACAAAUUUCUAUUCCCGGAAAAGUGGUGUAUGAAGUGCAACUUUACAUCGACCGGGACCUAGCUAAUGGAAACUGGUGGCUUUUAGUUGGAGAUGACAAUACCCAGCUUGGAUUUUGGCCAAAGAGAUUAUUCACUGGACUAGCAGACAUGGCUUCCAUUGCUGAAUGGGGAGGAGAGGUGUUUGGACCCCCGGGCACUCCUUCUCCUGGAAUGGGCAAUAGUAGUUUUCCUACAGAUGAUACACUUUACGACUCAUACUUCAAAAAUCUUGAAGUCAUUGAUGGUGGUGGGCGAAAUAUCGACGCCUCUAACACAAAGUCCUUUGCAGAAAAUAUGACACGAUAUAAAGUUUUUGAUGAAGAUCGAACACACAAGUUUGAGACAUUUGGUUGUGUAUGGAGGCCCUCCUUCAGGCUGACGUGA